AUGCCCGCCGACUACGCCUCUACGGCGCGGGCUCUUUCUGUUUCAGAUUCUUCGUCUCGUACUCCUUCUCCGCUGGGGGAGGGUGCUCGUCCACCAUGGAGUAAAGCCACAACCGACACUCGGAACAACGCCGGCUUCUCUACACGGAGAUCAAAUCCUGCCCCGAAGCAAGGCAUCAUGGCUCGCUUGAAUGCAAUAAAUGAGCGCGUGCUAGCAACAUGGCGAAAAAUGACAUUUUGGCAAAGAGUCGGUAGCGUUCUGGCUGUUAUCGGCGUUAAUCUUUUGGGACUCGGCUUCCUAUAUUUCACGGGAAGAGUCUUUCAAUGGCUCGGACCGGUUGCUGAGAAAUGGGAGCAUUCAGGCCUAGUCUUCUUUUUGCUGUGGCUUUGUGUAUUUUUCGUCUCGUUCCCUCCAUUGGUUGGGUGGUCCACGUUCGGGACAGUUUCUGGCUAUAUAUUCGGAGUUUGGAAAGGCUGGGGGCUUUAUGCGUCGGCUACGAUAUUAGGAUCGACAUGCUCUUUCAUCGCAUCCCGAACAGUCCUCUCCAAGUUUGUCCAACGACUUGUAUCGCGCGACAAGCGAUUCGCAGCUCUUUCCCUGACACUGAAGUAUGACGGGCUCAAGCUGCUAUGCAUGAUUCGUCUUUGUCCAUUGCCGUACUCAAUAUGCAAUGGGGCGAUUUCGACUUUCCCCACGGUUGAGCCACUGAUGUACGGGCUUGCCACUGCCAUUAUUUCCCCAAAGUUACUUGUGCCCGCCUUUAUUGGCAGUCGUUUGCGCAUACUAUACGAAAAAGGGGAGGAUAUGAGUACAGGUUCGAAACUCGUCAAUAUUUUCAGCAUCAUCAUUUCCAUAGCCGCAGGGAUCUUUACCGGAUGGUAUAUUUAUAAGAGAACCCUGGCGCGUGCCAAAGAACUAGAGGAUAGAGAAAGAGACGAUAUCCGACAUUCUCUCGAAGCCGACCAUGCUGCUCACCGUCCACACCGAGCAUUUUCGGAUGAUCCCAAUGUCAAUGCCGCGGCAACGACUCUCGCGCGCGAUGAAGAAGAACGCAUUGGAUUUAACGAUUUUGAUGAUGAUAAUGUUGACCUGGUUAUCGACGAUGACGACCGGUCUCCCCUGCGGUCAAAAUCCCCUUACCGAGAUGAGUUUACCGACAACGAGUCGGACGUCUUUCGAGAUGGCGAUGGGACGGAAGGCGAAACAUACACGCUACAUACCCAUGUCAGACAGGGUUGA